GUGCCGCCCUGGGUUCUGUUGAGUUAUCAGUUGGACAGAUCCCGCGGCAUCUUUUACGUCAUAGAAAAACUGUCAACGGUCCACCCGCGUCUUUGUCUCCUUUUUAAAGUUGUCUCUUUUUAUUUCUUUACUCCCCUGGACGCUGAUGUUGAGCUGUACGACCGCUGACACAGCCUGACUCCCCCCGGAUGACCGCGCUCUUUGUGAGGCUCUGAAGUGAAUGGCCCAGACGGACAGAGAUGAGCUGGGCUGAGGAGGACUGGACUGUGGGCCUCUCGGGGAGGGUCCUUCAAAAAGUAAAGGAGCUGCAGGUCCUUAAGGAUCGACUGUCCAGAGAGAACAAACAGAAACAGCUGCAGCUGGACAACACUCAUACCAGCCUUGAAAAACAAACAGCCAAGUAUGAGGAGGUCCGUGGGGAGCUGCAUUUUGUACAGAGAGAGCUUCAAAGUGUUCGGGAAGAUGCUGAGGCAGCCGUGACCAGCAAGGAGCGUUUGACCCAGGAACUUCACACAAAGCAGGCCCAAGUAUGCUCUUUGGAGGGGCAGCUAGAUGCUGCUCGUAACCAUAACAACCAGCUGAGCCAAGAAAUCAAAAGGUUGGAAGCUGAGUUGGAAAAACUGCAGAACAGCAGCAGGCUCUCAGACACCGCUCUGUUUUCCACACCCUGUUGGAGUGCAUCCUCACCCUGGGAACACAAUGGGAGCAGACAGGAAGAUAGAUCGGGGCAGCGGGAUGAAGGACAGAGACAUAAUAUCAGACAGCGGCUCCAGUUUUCAGACACCGCAACUUCUUCGCUGCCUCGACAGCAGACCAGUACACCGCUCCGCCACCCAUCUGACCAGUCAGAUAUCUUUUCCACACCCUCGGCUGUGUUUCCAUGGGAACGAGAUGACAAUAGACCUGCAUCCAGGAGACGACCUGUGUCGUCCCCCCAGAUACCGAGCCCUGAGGUUGUGGCACAAAGUCUGGCGGAGCGGAGUUUCGAACAGAAGUUCCACAAGACGGAAACAGGCGUAUCUUCAUCAGAACUGCAGAGUCGUAUCUUGGCUCUGGAGGACCAGCUGUCUGAGAAGGUCGGGAAGCUGAAGUCCAUCCAGAGCGAAAUGGGCUUAAUGAAGAAGGAGCUCGCUGCCAAAGAGCUAAGCCUGCAGAAAACGCAGGAUGAGCUUAAUGCGGCACAGACACGGGGAAUCCAGGACAAAGAGCGGGUAUCAGAAGCAGAGCACAAACUGAAGCAGCUUCAAGAGGAGCUGAAGUGCCAGAGACAAAAUGCAGAGAGCAGUCGGCUUCAGCACCAGCAGCGCACCAAGGAGUUAGAGAAAGUGCAUCAGAGGGAUUUAGCAGAGCUUCAGAAGGAGAGGCAGUGUCUUGAAAAACAGCAUCAGCAGGAGGUGAAUAAGCUCAACCAGGAGCUCCAACAGGCCAGGACACUUCACAAUGCUCUGCAGGCUCAGGCUGACAAGCUGUCUCUGCAGAAGCAGGCGCUGGACAAAGAGCUGGAUGCUCUGAAGCAGAAGCUGAAGUGGACAGAGGAGCAGCUGAAGGAGAGCCAGAAGAAAGAGGCCCAGACACAGGCCAAGCUAACGGAAGCAGUGCGGGAGGCUGAGGGUGUGGCAGUGACUCUAGAGCAAAGCAGGAAGAGAGAACGAGCUCUGGAGGAGGAGGGGAGGAGGCUGCAGGAGGAGCAAGCUGACACCCUGCGUCUUCUCAAAGAACUGCAGGAACAAAAAGCCUCUGCAGCAUCUGCUCCUCAGCCUGCCCAUUUUGGUGCUAUUGGACAGUCGUUUUCCUCCCAGUCCUCGUACGCUCAGAGUUCUCGAGCUACAGCACAAAGCAGGAGGCCCGCAGCUUCCCAGUCGGAGCAGAAUAGGGAUGGGAGCAGGGCGGAGAUUACAGUGGCGUAUCCUUCCGGCAGAGAACCUGGGGAAGGAAUCGAUGCUGAGCAAAUCACUUUCAACAUUGCAAACUCUGAGGGUUUACAGAAACCAGGCCAAAGAGGAGAAGGUGAUAGAGAGGUAGAGAACAGAAGUAAUAUCCCCCUCAGUACAUCGGCAGACUUUGACAGAGCAAAAGAAGUUGAAAGCUCACCUGUGGCAGAAUGUCUGAUUUCAUCUAAAAGUAAACAGUGUCCUGAUUCCGAUCAGCGAGUUUCAUCUGUGGACCUCAAGAGGGAGAACGACCUCCUGCGCUCAGAUCUCCGCGAUGUCCGUGAAGAACUCCAGAAACGGUUGGAGGACCUGGAAGCUCAGCGUCGGGCAGAGACGGAAGCGAAGACCCGUCUCAAACAGCUCAGUCGCAAGCACUCUAACCUCGCAGCUGAGAGGGAGGAGAAAGAAAAAGACCUGAAGGCAAAGCUGGAAAAUGAGAAAGCUGAGACUGAAAGGCUGAAGAGGACCGUUGCUGCUUUGGAGGCAGAGAUGAAGAGAAGCAGAGAGAACAUGGAGAAAGAGAAGCAAGAAGAGGAGGAGAAGCCGACACAAAACGACAGAGAAAUCAAGCUGAUUGAACUAAACAUCCAGCUGAAAAAUCAGCUGUCAAUGGUGAAAGCUCAGCUGGCCUUAGAACGAGAGGAGCGCGAGAGAGAGGAAGAGGAGAGAAACCAAAUGAUAAACACAGAUGCAGAUGUAAACACAGAGCUGAGCCUGAAACUAGCAGAGAUCAUGGUUGAUGUUGAGGAGCUCAAGCACAGAAGAGAAGAAGACUCCACAGAGGACGGGAAACUCUCCACUGCCAGCAGCCCUAUGCCAUCUCUACACGACGAUGAGCUCAGCUCCAACACCAUUUGCUCUACCGACAGUCUCCUCUCUUCACCAGAGGAACACCUCCUCUUCUGUGAGACCACCAACCAACGCAACACCCUCCUGUCCACGGAAAGUGCACACAUUCUCCACCUCAGUGAGGAGGCAACCCAAGACACCUCAGAUAGGACCAAAAUGUGUCCUUCAGCCCAUCAAGGGGAUCAGACACAGGUGGUGGAGGCCCUGCAGAAAAAGUGUGCAAAGGAAUCUGAACGAGCUAAAAAAUUCAAAGAUAAAUUUGAGGCCCUGCAGAUUCAGGUAACCCGUCAAACCAAGGAGCUGACCACUGCCUUUGAGAAGCAGAGUCUGCACAUUGUAGGCCUCCUGGCUGAGCUGCAGGAGAAGGAGAGCACCCUCUUGAGGCAAGGGGAGGAACUUAUCCAAUGCAAGCAAGAGCUGAGUGUACUAAAGGAGCAAGAAAACAAGGCAGUGAAACAGACACUGUUAACUGAAGAGGGAGAAAAAGAUGAGAAGUUUACAGGGAAAUCGGAAGAGCAAGAGGAGGCUCCGACUCCUGUUCCUCCUUCAGACUUUAAAGUUCAAACUGAUGAAGUUCAGCCCAACAGUGAUGAAUGUGAUGCUCAAAUGGCUCCACCUGUUGGUAGUAAAGAGGAAAGUGCAGCAGUAACCUCUGGAACACAGCCUCAAACCUCUCCAGACAUGGGGAGACUAUGCGGGUCUGUCUGCGAGGUGGAGCAGGACCCGUCAAGUCAACAAGGAGAAAAAGUCGAAGUGUUUACAGAGCUGUUCGCUCUCAGGCAGGAAAACAAGCUGCUGCAGCAGAGAAUCCAGGAUUUGGCUAACAUGCACACCAGAGACCAAACAUCCCAGACUGACGGCAAGAAUCAAAACCAGACAGAACACCCAGGUCCUGCACCCUGUUUGGCAGGGCAAGAUGUACUGGAGGUGAUAAAGGAGGCAGCGCCAGACAAGUUACUGGAAAUGGAUGUGAAGAAGACUGACGAUGAAGCUCAGGAUUUAGAACGACAAGAGAAGAGCAGCAUGAGUGAGGAGAGAAAUCCUGAGGAAAUGUCUAAUAUUCAGAUAAAACAUCUGCAAGAACAGUUUGAGGUGCUACAGAGGAGAGUCAGGACUCUGACCGAGGAAACCCAGACCCAGGCCCAGGAGCUCACUCUAUGGAGGCUAUCCUCCCAACCAGCCUCUGCAGUUCAGCAGCAGCUCACCAACACAGACGAUGAGGAUCUGUCACAGAUUCCUGUUUCCGGGCGUUCCCAGUCGGCUCAAAGCCUGGUUCAGAAGAAUCAGGACGUCCUCACCAUCAUCAGGGAGGAUGACUUAUCUCUCUGCUGCUCCUCUAACAAACUGCAGGGCCGCAUGCUGUUCUCCAGGCUUCAGAACGGCAGCCUUCCUGAACCAAAGAGCAUCCGCUCUUCUAAAAAGGCUCCGCAGGGAUACACACAGAACACAUCCAAGUUUGACCAGGAAUCAGAGAAAGAGAAUCAGGAAAUAAACCUGCAGCAGCCAGAAAGUUGUCCAGAACAAAACAAACUGAGUAAAGAUGCUGAAAUCAUCCAACUGUCACCACAGAAGAUUUCCCAAAACCACGUAGCCAAAGAUCUCCCCAGCUUCUCUGGAUCAAGUUCAACCAAGGUGGAAAACUGUUACAUGGGAGCAAAGGAAGCCAUGUUGAACUGUGGAACGGAUAAAACAGGCACCUCCACUAACUCUGAUAACAAUGAUGUAAGAGUCGAAGUUGUGAGUGUUGGGAGUCAAACUGAGAACAGUUUGCUUUCUAAAGCUUCUGCAGCAACUCAGACUGAGGAGGAUUUAGAUGCUGAGGAAAAAUCAGUGGAAUCUCCUCCUGCUUCAUCUGUUUGUUCAGCUGAGAAGGCCGAAACAGGCGACAAAAUGUUGCUCUCUAGCUCCUUUCCCAUCCCAGCUGAUCCGGCCCGACUUGCUGAAAGGAUCCGUCGCAACAGGACGCAGCUGUCAGCCGCCUUCGAUGAUACAGAGUACGAGCCAUACGGCCUGCCAGAAGUCGUCAUGAAGGGUUUUGCUGACAUCCCCACCGGCCCUUCAUGCCCUUACAUAGUGAGAAGAGGUUUGUUAGGAACGGUCCAACCUCUGUCUGAGAAAGAACGCCAGGAGGACGAGGAGACGGACUAGAAGAGAGUAUCAGCUGAAGGAACUGAUCCCUUUGGGAGGAUUCACUGUGAACCCGAAUGAUGGAAGAUGGCCGUCCUCAGGGAGACCCUACAUCCCCCACAGCACCCGUUUGACAAACUAAAAGAAGUUUCCUGCCUCUGUGCGUGAGCUUGCAGGUAACCGGGCCUGCACUGGCACGCUGAACGUCUCCACCAUGGUUCUGAAAUGCUUUAAUUUUCCCCUGUUCAGCCCCAAAUUGCCAUGCAGAGACUCUGGUUUAGGCCACAUCCACAUGUGUAACCAUCCAGUCAGAUAGGGAUUUAGUGAUUUUUUUUAUUUUUUUUUGCUGCUUCUGAAGCCACUUUUUCUAAGGAAUCGUUUUGUUUUUCUUUAACUCUGACUGAGCUCAUGCGUCACAAGGCCUCUGCCUUGCCUUCAAUUAAACAGCUCCUUGUGGAUGUAUUUCUGAACCAGCGCCUGUCAAGAUAAGUUGGACCUGCUUUCCUGAAGGCUUCAGCCAGAUUGGCCAGUUAUGAAAACAUAUUUCAAAUUUAUAUGUUUUUUUUUGUUUAAUUUAUGGACAAUUGAAUGUGUUUUAUUGGUGGAGGGGGUGUUUACAGGAGUGUGUGUGAAAAAGCAUUAACUGUGAUUGUGAACAUGUGUGUCCUGAACUUGAUGUUACUGUUUGUAUAUAAGUGUGGCUGAGCACACGCCUAUGAGUCAGCGUAACCUGCGCCUCUUUCCGCUCCAUGUAUGGAGAUCCACUCUGGGCUCUUUCUCUCGGGGAAGCUGCUAGGCUUCCCAGUGUGUCACUAACAAACACUAAAACACAGGUCUCUUUUAAAACUUAAAAAAAAAACAAACAACAACUCAUAAAACUGAUUUGUCUUAGUGAUGAAGAGGAGAAACCAGAGGAUGCAAAGACCCUGUUGUCUUCUGUAGAAUGAAAUGUCAAAUGUUCAAAAUGAACCUCGGGAUAAACAUCUUAUUUGACCAGAAAUAGGAACGCAACUAAAAAAAGAAAACAUAAGCAUCAUAUUUAAUGAGGGAAACCUCAAUGAUGUCACUGGAAAUAAUAAAGCGAUUGAUCCUAGUAGGUUGACAGCGACCAUCUCCUCCCUCUGAACUUUUUCUAAUUUUCAACGUUCCACCACAAACAUCAGGGUGUUUUACUUGGAUUUUAUCUGCAGAGGUGAGGUGUUUCAGUCAGCGGGCCAGAAGGUCAUCUGAUCUGAGGACGUCCUUCUACAUAUUGGCUGUGACUCCUGCACAGUUUACAAAGUUUAAACCAGAAUCUUUCAUGUUUAUCAUUAAUAGUUUGUUUUAAUCUCUUCUUUUUUUUUUACUCUGCUUCAAACCGCUUUACAGCUGCUUCCCCUUUUCAUACUUUGGUUUGUUUACAAAUUUUCUCUGAUAAUAAACCUGAGAGAGAAUACAAAUUUGCAUGUGGAUAUUAUUGUUUAGUUGUAAAAAAAAAAAAGAUUUUAGCAGCAAGAUGGUUCAAAUCUCAGCUCUGGGUGUUUCUGGAUUCUCCUCAUUGAAGGAAUGGAUUCUCUCCACAGGUUAAUUGGUCUCUAAAUUACCUUUAUCUCUAAGUGUUUGUUUUUCUGUAUGUCUUUGUUGUCCUGUGAUGGAGACAGGACCUGUCCUCCAACACCUGCUAAAGACCCUGCAUGGAUAGACAGAUAUAGACAAUAGAUGGGUGGAUUGCUUUCCUUCCACUUAACAAUUAUAUGCUGCCUACACCUAAGUUAGAAAUUACCAAUAAAUGAUUUAGAUGUUUGUGGUUUUAACAGAAAACAAAAAAAAUAACUGAAUAAGUGGUUUUUGGUUAUCGCCUAAGAGGUAUUUGAAGAAUAAACUAAAAAGAACAAUAACCAUACAAGUAUUGACGGAAAGUAGCUGUAAGUUUUUGUAUUUGAACAUCAAUGGGUUUCCAAAAAUAGAAAGAAAGAAAUAUAGAUGUUUAGAACAGAAAAUACCAAGAUGUCCUUGAUGCAAUCUAUUUUGGAUUUGUUAUUUGAUUGAAGCAGUUGCCAAGUUUAGAGUUGUUCGGUAAAAAGCUAUGUCUACACCUGACAGUUAUCACAUAAGAGAUACUUGUUACAUUUUCUGUGAAAAAAAAAAACUUUAACUUAAGUGAGAAAUAACAGAAUCGGUACUCGAAAUGAUGGUGGAACAGUUUUUAAAAGGAUCACCUUUCAUAUUGUUAUUUCAGACCUCACUAAAUGACCUUCAUAGUUACACUGCAGGGCAUCAUCCUUUCUUUGACUUCAGUUGCAUGAAUGCAGAUCAAAUUUAUUAGGCUGCUUCUCAUCAACUUGAAACCUGCUUUUAGACAGUUUUUAAGAUGUAGUUUAGAAUAGUAUUUAAAAUGAACUUGAACUGUUUUAAUGUGCUUUAGUGUUUUAAAGUUUUUGAGGUGAAAUAAAUGAAGCUAGAUUUUAAAGCUUUGUGUUUUGUAUUUCUGCUUAAUUUAAAUGUUACUGUUGUUGCCUGGCUUUACAUGUGGACUCGGUCUGAGCUCAACCGUUCACUCUCUGGGAUCUGUAGUCCGCUGAGGUGGGGGGUCUGACUGAGCAGGGAAACACUGAAUCUUAUCCUCUUCCUUUGCACACUUUAAGGUGGCUGUAUCUGUGUUGUGUUCAAAUUACAAUAAAACAUUUUCU